AAACAGCGGAAGUUGUCAUCGCGCAGCCGGAUGUGUUUGUGUGUAUGAACUCACUACAGCGACAUCAUGGGAAGAGAGUCACGGCACUACAGGAAGCGCUCCAGCUCGAGGGCGAGGUCAGGCAGCAGGUCUAAGAGCCGGUCGCCGGACUCCAAACGCUCCAAGAAAGAUGAGCGGGCCGGAUCACGCACCCGGGAGCGCAGCCGGAGGGAACGCACACGCAGCAGAGAGCGCCGGAGAUCCCGCUCCAGAGACCGCAAGAGACCCAGACGCUCCAGGAGUCGGGACAGGAGACGCGCGAGCCGAGAGCGCCGGAGGAGCAAGAGCAGGAGCAGAGGGAGGAGCAAGGAGAAGUCGGAGAACGGAGAGCAGUCAGCUGACAAGAAGAAGGUGAAGGAGGAGAAGGAGAAGGAGGAGGAGAAGGCUGAAGACCAAGACUUCGACCAGAACACCCUGGAGGAGGAGAUGAGGAAGAGGAAAGAGCGGGUGGAGAAGUGGAGGGAGGAGCAGAGGAAGAAAGCCAUGGAGAACAUCGGCGAGAUCAAGAAAGAGCUGGAGGAGAUGAAGCAGGGCAAGAAGUGGAGUCUGGAGGAUGAUGACGAUGAUGACGAAGAGACUCAAGCGCCCGCGGAGCCGGACGAGGACGAGCAGGAGAAAGACGCAGCGGCCGAGGCGGAGGAGGCUGCGCUCAUGGAGGAGGAGACCGGAGAGGAGCUCGACCCUCUGGACGCCUACAUGGAGGAGGUCAAAGAAGAGGUCAAGAAGUUCAACAUGGGCACCAUGAAAGGAGGAAACGACAAGCAUAAAGGAGGCAUGUCUGUGACCAAAGUGGUGACGGUCGUGAAAACCAAGAAGAUGCUGCACUCCUCCAAGAAGAAAGGAGAGCUGAUGGAGAACGAUCAGGACGCCAUGGAGUACUCAUCAGAGGAAGAGGUCGUGGACCUGCAGACGGCUCUCACAGGCUUUCAGACCAAACAGAGGAAAGUUCUGGAGCCUGUGGAUCAUCAGAAGAUCGAAUAUGAAUCCUUCCGCAAGAACUUCUACGUGGAGGUGCCGGAGCUGGCUCGGAUGACCCCUGAAGAGGUGAAUGAAUACCGUCUGGAGCUGGAGGGAAUCAUCGUCAAAGGGAAAGGGUGUCCGAAGCCCAUCAAGACAUGGGUGCAGUGUGGGAUAUCCAUGAAGGUGCUGAACGCAAUGAAGAAACACAACUAUGAGAAGCCGACCCCGAUCCAAGCCCAGGCCAUUCCGGCCAUCAUGUCGGGACGUGAUCUCAUUGGCAUCGCUAAAACAGGAAGCGGAAAGACCAUCGCCUUCCUGCUGCCGAUGUUCCGGCACAUAUUAGACCAGCGGCCGUUAGGAGAGGGAGAAGGACCCAUCGCCGUGAUCAUGACCCCGACGCGAGAGCUGGCUCUGCAGAUCACCAAAGAGUGCAAGAAGUUCUCCAAGUCUCUGGGUCUGCGUGUGGUGUGUGUGUACGGAGGCACGGGCAUCAGCGAGCAGAUCGCGGAGUUGAAGCGAGGCGCAGAAAUCAUAGUGUGCACUCCUGGACGAAUGAUCGACAUGUUGGGCGCCAACAGCGGUCGAGUGACCAACCUGCGCAGAGCUACGUAUGUGGUGAUGGACGAAGCUGACCGGAUGUUCGAUAUGGGCUUUGAACCGCAGGUGAUGCGUAUCGUGGAUAAUGUCAGGCCCGACCGGCAGACCGUCAUGUUUUCCGCCACAUUUCCGCGGACGAUGGAGGCCUUGGCCCGCAGGAUCCUGUCCAAGCCCAUCGAGGUGCAGGUGGGCGGCAGGAGUGUGGUGUGUUCAGACGUGGAGCAGCACGUGAUUGUGAUCGAGGAGGAGAAGAAGUUCCUGAAGCUGCUGGAGAUUCUGGGUCACUAUCAGGAGAAGGGAUCCGUCAUCAUCUUCGUGGACAAGCAGGAGCACGCUGACAGCCUCCUGAAGGACCUGAUGAAGGCCUCGUACCCCUGCAUGUCGCUGCACGGAGGCAUUGACCAGUACGACAGGGACAGCAUCAUCAACGACUUCAAGAACGGAGCCUGUCGGCUGCUGGUGGCCACCUCCGUCGCCGCACGAGGCCUGGACGUCAAGCACCUCAUCCUGGUGGUCAACUACAACUGCCCCAACCACUAUGAGGACUACGUGCACCGCGCCGGACGCACGGGACGAGCCGGCAACAAGGGUUUCGCGUACACGUUCAUCACUGCAGACCAGGUGCGGUACUCCGGCGACAUCAUCAAAGCCCUGGAGCUGUCCGGAUCGCCCGUUCCCCCCGAGCUCGAGCAGCUGUGGACCGGCUUCAAGGAGCAACAGAAAGCUGAGGGCAAGAGCAUCAGGAGCAGCAGCGGAUUCUCCGGGAAGGGCUUCAAGUUCGACGAGACCGAACAUGCGCUCGCCAACGAGAGGAAGAAGCUGCAGAAAGCUGCGUUGGGUCUGCAUGACUCUGAUGAUGAUGACGCGGCUCUGGACAUCGACGAGCAGAUCGAGAGCAUGUUCAACUCUAAGAAGCGUGUGAAGGACUUCUCGGCCCCGGGCGGCGCCACAGGAGGAGGUUCUGGUGGCGUGAGCGGAACCGUGACAGCCGUCUCUGGCCUGAGCACUCCCUCUGCUGGAAACAUCCAGAAACUGGAGAUCGCCAAGAAACUGGCGGCCAGGAUACAGGUGCAGAAGAAUCUGGGCGCCGAGGCGCAGGAUGUGAUGCAGCAGGCGACAAAUGCCAUUUUGCGCGGCGGGACAAUGAUCGCGCCCUCGGUCUCGGCCAAGACCAUCGCGGAGCAGCAGGCGGAGAAGAUCAACGCUAAACUCAACUACACGCCUGUAGAGAAGCUGGAGGAGGACCGACAGGCCGCAGAGGCCGCCGAAACCGUCAAGAGAUACGAGGAGGAGUUAGAGAUCAACGACUUCCCUCAGACGGCCCGAUGGAAGGUGACGUCGAAGGAGGCCCUUCAGCGCAUCGGCGAGUAUUCAGAGGCCGCCAUCACCAUACGAGGAACCUACUUCCCCCCGGGCAAAGAGCCCAAAGAGGGCGAGCGCAAGAUCUACCUGGCCAUCGAGAGUGCGAACGAACUGGCCGUGCAGAAGGCCAAAGCAGAGAUCACACGCCUCAUCAAAGAGGAACUCAUCCGCCUGCAAAACUCGUACCAGCCGACCAGCAAAGGCCGAUACAAGGUUCUGUAGAGCCGGAGCGGAUCAGCGCUUGUGUUUCUUCAUUAUUCCCACAAUGCUUUUGUUUUGUCAGCUGAUUUUGGAAGUUUUUAUCCAUUGUUUCUUGCUCCUGUUGAAUAUUUUAGAAGACUCCAUGUAAUUGAAUCGUGAACUUCAUUUGGAAAUAAACUGUUUUUUUUUCUUCUA